AUGCUGACCCGCCUCUUCUCGCCGGUGCUGAUCCCGCGCAGGUGCCAGUUGCCGAUCGGCGUGUCGGUGCAGUCCCGGAGGCCCAUCUCGUCGAUGGUUCCCUCCACGAGGCGCUUCUUCUCCGACCACGGCAUUUUCUCCGGGAGCCGGAGGUUUGCCGUGUAGGAUAUGGUCUCCCUCACUGUCAGAGUGGAGGUCAGGUUGUCCUCCUGAGUCACGUAAGCCUGUAAAAGAUGGACUUUAGAUAAUCAUAGUUGAACUCCAAAAAAGUUUUAACAAUGAAAUCGUCGGUGUUCAAUAAAUUUUGACAGUAGGUUAUAUAUUUUGGUCCCAAAUUCAAUGCCUGAUGACUGUAUCAGAUGAGGGGUUAAUCAUAGUCGAGAUUGACAGAGAUGAUUCCUAGUUAGAAAAAUAAUCGAGAAAGAUAACUUUCUUGCUUCCCAUACUCUCUCUCUCUCUCUCUCUCUCUCUCUCUCGAUCUAUGUAUCUGUCUGUCUUUGUGAGAUGUCAUCGACGGAGGAGAAGGAGAUAACAACUUACCGCAGUCCCAAAGGAUAGCGUGGUCUUGCGGCCAUUGAGGAGGAUGGUACCGGAGAGGAAGGCGUUGGAGGGGAGGCGGCCGGAGAGAGAGUCAAGGAGGGUUGACUUCCCCGACCCCGAAGGGCCCAUCACCGCCGUCAGAGUCCUGGGUUUGGCGUAGCCGGUGGCUCCCGACAGCAGCGUCUUCGCCUCCCCCACGCCUACCGUCGCCGUGACGGUCAGAUCCUUCCACGACAGCUUCGCCGACACGUCGCCGAGGAACUCCGUCUCUACCUUCUCCUUCCACAACGCCUGGCUUAGCGGACUCAUCCCCAGUUCCCAAAUUCCCUCCGCUGGCUUGUUCCCUUCUAUCUCCGCCUUCACGCCCUCAACCUUGCUUCUCAUCCCUCCUCCUUCCAUAGCAGAAAGAGAUGCCGAAGAGGAAGACGAGAUCUCUCUCUCUCUCUCUCUCUCGCUCUCUCUCUCUGUAGAGAGCAGAGAACCCCACGAGAAGGUUGAAUGAUCACCACGAAUAUUUAAUGAUACUCAUCGUCAUAGCCUUACGUUCGAACACCGUCUUCUUUAUCCAGCAGGAUCCUCCUAUCAGUACCACCAAUCUGUGAAUCACCAUUAAGAAACCUCCGAACCAAUAAUUCAAUCCUCCGAUCUCGUCUUCCUAUUGAAGCACCUUGAAGGAUAAGGUACCAGCAACCAGCUAAACACUACGACCGUAGCCGCGCGGGGGGGUGGAGGGGAGGCUACUACGGGAGGUACCGUAAUUAGUAAUUAUUGAGAACUUAUUGAAGUAGCCUUAGAGGGAUUUAUCUACCUAUCUAUUUUACAUGGUUAAGCUAAUAUUUGAACUUAAAAAACGGGUUUAACCAGAUGACCAAUAAAUUUUAUUUUGCGAAUUAGUUUCCUUCUGACCUGGACAGCCACCUCGGCGUCACAUGGCCUUUCUAGGUGUCGAUUCAGUAAUGAAUAACCUUGAAAGGGCCCGUGUAGAAUCUGCGCUUGCCGCGAAAUGUCUAAGCGACGAUCCCAGUGGAUAAGCUACCAUUGAUGUAAAAAAUAAACUUUUAAUGGGUAUUUUUGUCCGCUGCAAUGAAUCAAUUCCAAAACAUGUCUCCAGAACGUACUGCCUUUAUGACGAUUUGCAUGGAAUCUAUCUAUCAUUGUCUGAUGUGGACAGCCACGUUGUCUCCCAUGUGGCAGGCUUUCUUUUUCGGCGGAUGUGAUAAAAAUCGGAUGGGAGAAUCCCCUGCGGAGGCGGUCCAUUUCUUAAUAGCCACGUCUGAUGCCCAGCUGGCCGGUCCGCGGCAAAAGGUGGCAAUCUCCCAACACAAAAUUUUUAAUGGGCUUUUCCCGCCAAAAUCUUGCCCGAGAUGUAUGGCUUCCAGCAAAUGAUUCCCUUGGAAUCGCUUACUGGUGUUCGAGAAAACUGUUUUGUCCUGCGGUAGGUGCAUCAUUGACUCUCCCACGUGCGGAUUUAUUAAUGGGCUAAGUAUUGGUCGAUAUGAUUUCGGCCAAUGAUGGGGCUUUCUUUACUAUCGGCCUAUAGUUUCUCGUCUUUAACGUGGAGGUCCAUCUCCAAGCCAGAGUUUGGUCUACGCAUCCCCUUCUCUGUGUGUCUCUCUCUGCGCCCAUUGGGGUUAGCUGUCGAAGAGCUGAGCUGGGGAUCUGCAGGCUAGUUAGAGAAAUCAUUUGAUCAAGUGAAUCCUUCCUUUUCAAAACUCUUCACCCUUUGUGCGCCUAAGGUCAAGGAAUACCAUCGCUGUCCUUGGAAUCCUCGUCUGGAAUUAUCCCUGAUUUUUGCCGCUACCAACUCUAACGAAUGCUGACAUAGGCGCUCCAUUGUGGGAGGUGGCAGUUCAUGGCUGAAGCAGCAAAGAAAGGCGCUGUCAUCAUCUGCCAAUAGGGAGAUUGACGAUGGCGUCACGGCCUCUCCUGAUCUCUAGGAUGUUAGAACUAUUCACUAAGUGAAAUAUAAAGGAGGAAGGUAAAUUAGGGUUUCUUAGAUUUUUACUUAUUUUUAAUUUAAGUCAGAUCUAUGUGUGUGUCACUGGAUAUGUAGACACGUGUGUUGUUGUAAAACCUCUUAACUCUCUCACUAAGAAUAUGAAACGUUUUAUAUUAUCUCAUCCUUCACUUAACUACUUCUAGUCCUAAAUCAUUUUCCUCCCGUAUUUACUUAUUCUCUUGAGGAAUACACAUUGAUAUUCAUGAUAUCAGAUACUCAAACAACUCAAGUUCAUCUAUUUGGAAACUCAACCUCUCUUGGGUCAAAUAUGACUAUCAGUACCUCAUGACUUGAACCAUUACACUCUUUCCUUAUCACCUAAUUAUCUUAAGACCUAACAAGAGCAAAAUUCAUGAUGGUUGAGUUGAUCAAUCACCAAAAUCAAUUAAUGAAGAAGAUCUAACAUUAUCAUUCAUUGUUGAUGGUUGUAGCUAUAAUACCUUGAUGUUGUCAUGAAUCUUCAUGUGUUCAAUAAAUUUUAAAUUCAAAGCUCUUCUCUCAUAAGUUAGCAUUUGUCUUGAAUUGACUUCCCUAUUUUACAAUGUCUUCAAUAUUUGAAAUUUUCAUUCAAAAUUUACUAUUUUCUAUAAUUACAUUUGAACCUUUCAAUCUUUGAAUCUCCUUAUUCUGGAAGUUACUUUCAUUCAAAUGUGAAAGGAAGUUUUCCAACUUAAUAGAGAGAAAUUUGAUUUCUACUUUAAAUAUAAAUUCAAGUUUACUUUCACCUUUUCUCUAUGUAAGCAAUUGGCAUAUCAUCAUCAAGAUGCUUUUUCUGAAACUUGAAAAAUUAGUCUUUUUUAUUAUUUUCAUAAUGGGUCAAUACAUGUAGGGAACUUAUCUAAUAUUGUUUCGAAUUUCUAACAUUGCAUAAUACAGUUAGAGAAAUAUAUAAUAAAAAAAUCAAAUAUUUCACAUGAUUUUCUUUGGCUUAUACUCAUUUAAUCAUAUCUUAAUCUUUUUAUUUAGAUUUGAUCACUAGAUAUAAUUUUAUAAAAUCAACAAGGAUAACACAUAUAAUAGCUCUAUUGAAUGUAUUAAAUAUUUGAGACAUAUAUGUGAUAUAGAUAAAUUUAUAUUCAGUAAUAACCUAUCAAAACCAAAGGCAUCUACAAAAGUGGCCUGACUCAGGGGGCUGGAGUCUUGAUGAAAUCCUUGUUGGGACCUCUUACCCAUGAAAGAGGUGCUCUUUGAGCACCAAGUUAAAGGUUGACAAGAUAAUAUAUUUCAGCCAUAAAAGUGAUCAUGGGCACAAUAAUUUUGACUGAUUAGUGCUUAAAUGGAGGCCGAAGCCUGAAUGAAGAGUGGAAGAAGCUUUUGUAUGAUUCCCAAAGGAAAAAUUAUAGAUUGACCAUCUCGAGCUAAGUAUGGUCUAGCGAAGGGUCCAUAUGACCUUGUUAUUCCUCUCUUUAUUUAUUGCAUUAUUCUCUCUUUCUCCCUCUCUUUCUCUCCCUCUCCCUCUCUCUCUCAUAUCCUAUUCAUCCAUGCAUGUUAUUCUACUGAAAGCAUAACCUUGGGAGGAUGAUACUCUUAUCAUUGAUCCAAUCUCUGCCUUCUUUUCAUAUGAGUCUAUUAUUAAUCCAUCAACAAUAGUAUUGGGUUUCAUCAUCUCUAGUAGAGUCCCUCUACUAAGGAGUUCUGCACUGUAAAUCUACCAUCUAAGAGCACUCCAAGUCACCAUCCAGUGAUAGAGGGGGCAGCAUUCAGGGAUCAACAAUGGUGUUCUUUUCAAAUAGUAACGAGGAGGUACAACAGAUGGUGGUGCACAAGGGCAGGCAGCCAAAGUUGUGGUGACCAAGUACAAACCCUCAUGGCCAAAGGUUUCAAUUCUCUAUGGUGGUGCAGCUGGAGUUAGCAGUGACCUAUGACACCGUGCUACCCUAUAAAGUCUACAACAGGUUUAGCAAGUGCUUCAUGAUGCACAAUGUCCCUGCCUAUGCCUACAUCUUGUCAUACAUCAACAACAUCCUCGAGCCACCCACCCUGUAUUCCAAGACCCCCAUCACCACCAUGAUGACCUAAAUGUCUUGUGGGUAGAAUGAGAGCCUCCUAUUCAUCAGACGCAAUGAGGGCUCUAUCAUAGCACACUAACUAAGAGAGUGUAUUGCCAUCACCUAUGAACGAGCUGUAAGUAAAUCAGUUCUUAGAAAAAAGGUCACAGGGAUAAGGCCACGGUUCUAUGACAAAUGGUUGUGAGGUUGCUCCUUUACCAUUUCUCACAUAUAUGGAUACCCAUCUAUCCCCAUGGAAUGUAUGUCUAGUACUUAGGGGCCUCUAUGACUCUUAUGAAAGGAAACCUAGGACCUCUUGUAAAACAAGUAUCAAUCAAUAGUAGGCUUAGAGGUCCUUUUCAUUCUAUUCCUUUUGUGUUUGUUUUGUCUUUUCCUAUCUCUCUCUAUGUCAUAAAGACCUUUUUCUCUCCUCCAUUAUGUUUUUCUAUCUCCAUCUUGUUGAUACCUUUGCUUUUGAUAUUACAAGUGAAAAUUAAUUUAUUGAAUAUUGAGAGUCACUUAUGUAUGACAUGAAGUCACAUCAAAUGUUCAAUGUGUUUAAUGUGAUAGCAUAUGAGUUAUAUUUAUUGAUUUCAUAAUCCUAUGUCUAACAAUCGAAUCUAAAGUAUUAAUCCUUGAGAUCCGAUUAUUCUUUAUAAUAAGAACACAUGAUCAUUGAUUAAAAUAUCCAUCAAGGAAUCACUCUUUGAUAAAAGAAAAUAUAUACAUGGUAUAUCUACAGAUUAAAAUCAACCUUGAAAUGCAGCAUCUAGUCUCUCUAAAUGAACUUAUAUAGUUUAUUACUCUCACAUGCAUAACCUACACCCUCACGUGAAUAACUCAUCAAAAGAGUUUGAAAAUGAAUAAGAUAAAUAAGAAUAAGUCUCAAAUUCAAAUUUUGGACAGUGACAUAUCAUCAGAUUAUAUGGAUAAAAACUCAACAAGAAUAUCAUUGUUUAGAUCAAAUCCUCAACAAUUGUUUUUUUACCAUCAAGUAAGGAAGGUUCAAAAAUUGAUUUAGGAGAGGUCGUGACACCAAUAAUUAAGGUUCAAUAACUAGGAGAGAGCAUUAAUAAUUUAUUUAUUUUUGUUUAAAUACUUUUUUAUUGAUAUUUUCUAGUUUUAUAAAUUUGAAAUUUGUGUGAUUUAUUAUACAAUGAUUAAGUCACAUCAAUUUUUUUAUCAAAGGAUGAUCUUUCACCUAAUAUUUGUUGAUGAUCAAAUACUUCUAACAUAAAAAAUAUUUUAAUCUCAAUAUUAAUACUUUGGAUUCGAUUGUUAAUAACAAGAUCAUAAAAUGGUAAGUAUAAUCCAUAUUGUAAUUGUAUUAAACACAUUGAGCAUUUGAUAUAGAGUUAUGACAUAUAUAAAUAAAACUACAAUGUUUAAUAAAUAUCUUUUCGUUUGUAAUAUUAAAACCAAGGGCAUCAACAACCAUAUAGCAGACUAAGGUCACAUAAUUUUUUUAAUCUUAUUUAACUUUAUUAAUAAUUUUGAUUUGUGUAUUAUCAUCAUCUCAAUCAAUAUAUUUGUAAGUUGUUUAUCAAAAAUUCACAAAUUACGAUUUUUAAGAUUUUCUUCUAUAACAUAAACACAUUUACAAUUAGUUCAUUCUGAUCUAUAGGAUCCUACUCUCAUACAAUCUAAUUGUGGUUUCUCCUAUUGUCUUUUUUGUUGAUGACUUCAACAAAUACACUUAGAUGUUUUCUCUUAAACCUAAAUAUGAUGUUUUGGACAUAUUCCUCAAAUCUCAACAUCAUGUUGAACAUCAAUUUAUUUCUCAUAUUAUUUUCCUACCGAUCCAGAAUUUCAAUCUUUCCAUCAGCAUCCUUAAUAAUGUGGUAUUCAAUAUUGUGUAUCUUGUCCACAUGCCUGAACAAAAUGUCACAAUGUAACAUAAACAUCGUCACAUCAUUGAGUAUGCUCUUACUCUUCUUUCCAAUGUAUCUGUAUCACAUAAAUUUUGAGAUGAUAACGUUUUCACAGCUACUUACCUCAAAUCGUCUCUGUACACUUUUCAAAGGUCCAUCUCCAUUUGAAUGUUUAUUCUGCAAACCAGUAGAUUAUUCAUUUUUUCACACUUUUGGGAUGCUUUCUAUCCUAACCUUCAUUUUUAUACAGCAUAUGAAUAUUCUCAAUGGUUCAAAUAUUGUGUCCUUCCUUAUACAGCUUAUGCAUCUCAACUAUCAUGCUCUCAUUUUUUUCACUAAAUGUCGUUACAUUUCUUGACAAGUUGUUUUCAAUGAAGCUGCAUUACACAUGUUGGAGCUCAAUCAAUAGAUACUGCACACACUUUGAUGGCUCCCAAUAGUGCACCAUUUAUUAUUGGGUGCUUUCCAAGUUGUUUUUUAUACUUGAGAAAUCAACAAUGUCCUCAUUAACUCUAAUAUUUACUGAUGGAAUUAUAACAAAUAACCCUCAUAAAAAGGAAACUUCAAAGCAUAUUACUACAUAAGUACAUACAUCCCCUACAUGGUCUGAGGUCAUCUUUCUUUUUGUACUAUCUUUGUCACAAGAUGAAUCUAUCACACCACUAGUUUGCACUUGGUCUAUUACAAAUAUAUGAUAUUAAUCAAUCAAUUUCCUAUCAUGCAAAACUAGCACUAUGCCAUCCUUUUCAAGUAUGACUUGUUACAGAUGCCUCCUCCAGUGAACCAAUUUACCUAACAUAGGUAUUUAACACUUUUUCAUAGAGGGCAGUUCUGGCUACUGAAUUUGAUAUACUUCAUUGUAAUGGCAUAUGGUAUAUUGUGUCUAGACAUCCCGACAUAAAUGUUAUUAACUGCAAAUAGGUCUUUCAUCUCAAAUGUAAUACUAAUGAGUAUAUUAAACAACACACCAUAUAAUAUAUGACAAAAGACUGCCGACAAUAAUCAAGUAUUGAUUUUUAAUGAAACUUUUAGCCCAGUCAUCAGAUUACUAUUGUAGUUUUCUUCUUGUUUUUGCAAUUAGUUGUGGAUGGCCCAUUAGAUAAUUGAGUUUAUCUAAUACCUUUCUUCAUGGGCGUCUUGAUUAUAUAUUCUUUAUAGAUAGACCACCAGGCUUUACGCAUCCUCUCUUUUCACAUCAUUUUUGCAUUCAAAGUCAGCUCCUAGUGACUGCCGCUCUACUUUGUGCACCCUACGGUUCCUCCGCGAUAGAGACCACGACGCCCAUCCGAACCUCUGUCUUGCGGUCAAUCCCGCUAGACGGUCAAGUAUGUUGUCGCCUCCGACGGCGGUGGCUGGAUCAGGGUCUUCACAAAGAGCGAGACUCUCUAUGAUACCGCCGCUGCUUCCAACCGGCUGCUGGCCUUCGUGAGGGAGCAGAUGCUCUUCUUGUCGGAGUCUGGCGCUGGGUCGCUGGAUCUGAUUACGAUGGCGACGAGGGAGACCGACUGCGAGGGCCUCGACGGAACUCGUGCCGCCAGCUACGCCUUUGACGUGUCAGAGAGGUCCAAGGUGACGAGGAAGGCAGAGUUGGAAGGUCCCUUCACCGUGCAGACCAUCAGGGCCCCUACCUGCUUGCCGUCAACCAUGAGAAGGUCCUCGUCUUCAACGUCUCCUCUCACAAUACCGUAGGGGCAGGGCUCCUUGGUUUCCUCUUCUCCGCCAGUCUGCAGGAGAUCAAGUCCCUGUUCAUGAGGCCUCACAGCGGCGCCGCCAAGGGCGUGGCGGCGCCGCCGGGGGAAGGCCCUCAUAGCGGGAGACCGCGAGAAGCUUUUAAUCCCUGCUGUCCGAACAAGUGAUGUCACUUUCAUCCGACGUGGACGAGCAGAUAUUGAGCUUUGGCGACUGCCGUGUGACGGCCCAUCUAAACUUUUGAGGGCUCACUUACACAAUGAAAAGCCCAUCAAGUGAGAAACAGUUUAAUAGAUAGAGCUUAGGGUAGUCAGCAUUAUUUAGUACCGAUAUGGGAGUAUUUUCAUGGGUUGAAAAUUUUUACGCAUUUUAUGUAGAAAAAGUAUUAAUAAACCAAUUAUCCGGUGAUAAUAAGAGACAAUAUCCGCCCGAUCAAACAAGGUGUGGGAUGCGUCUAGAAGAGCUAGCCGAUGUAAACGCCUUCUCCUUGCAUCCUCAGGGACGGAGAUCGGUCGAGGGAGCCCAGGGCCAUGUCGUCGGCUGCGCCGCCUCUCCUCUCCUGCCGGAGAAGCAUCCUCCUGGCGGCGCGUCGCCUGAGCCGCGGGGUCACUUCCUCUCUGGCUUUGAUCAUGGCAAAGAACAGGAGCCGGUAGAUGAUGACCAUGCUGAAGAGGACGCUCAGAUCGAUCCAUUUGGACCGUUGGAUGCUGACCCGCAGGAGCUUCUGGAGCACGUACUCUCCGGGGAUCCGGGGGAGCUCCGGCGAUUGGUUCUCAAAGGACAGCCCCUCGAAGUCGUUCUUGUACUGGCCCUGCUCGGAGGUGGGGGGAUAAAUUGUAAUGAAGGGCGUUGACUGACGGAGGAUGACUGUUUUAGCGUCUCCGCGGGUAAAUGCUUACCUGUAGGGCCCAGAAGUGGAAGCUGAUGUAGGACAAGGGGUACUUCCAGACGGGUUUCGGGAGGUCCUGGGGGAGCCGGUAGUGCCCGGAAACCAGCAUGAAGAUCCCCUGGCCCACGAAACAUUAAUGACUCGUCACACAGCUGCCGUCCUACUGUUUUUGUGAGGUGUGGUGUUGAGGGCUCACCUGUAUUCCGGCGCCGAUCAUGAGGCCCAUUAGGAAGUUGGGGACGAAGGUGGCCACGACCAUCAUCAAGCUCUCUACGACGGUGAUGCUAGCGUAGAGACCCAGGACGAAGAAGAGGUAGUGGCUGAACCCCGGGUGCAGGCGCACCAUAGAGUAGCAGAUGCUCCCGGCGGUGAUGGAGAUGAGGAUCAGGAAGGGCACCGCCGAGAGCGUGUUGCUGAUGGCGAACGCCGCCACGCCGUAGUGCCCGUUGAGCCUCUCUCUCUGGAAAACCUGCACCCCCCAAAGUUUCUAUUAGUGAGUUUCUCUCUCUCUCUCUCUCUCUCUCUCUCUCUCUCUCUCUCUCUCUCGCGCGCGCGCGCGACCCCCAAAGGUGAGGGUCUGCAAAGCUCACCUUCAUAUCCUCAACGAAGGAGGGGAACCCCCCGACCGACAUGAAGGUGACGAAGCCGAAGACGAAAGCGGAGCAUGCCCCUCUUGACUGUUUCAGCCAGCUCCACGGAGUUAGGGUUCAACAAGGGGAAGCCAAAGUGGGAAGAAAAGAAAGUACCUGGAUCGCGGUGUAGCUCGUUCCCAGGUUCCAGUUGAUGGUCCCGAUGCAGAUGGAGACGAUCACGUAGAUGAUGAACCGCAUCCUGUAGUACCCGAAAUCCCUCCACAUGUUGGUGAAGGACCGCCUUACCAGGGUCCGAGUCUGCAUCAGGAAGCUGGCCUGGCUUCCCAUCGACUCCAAUACCAGACCCUCCUGCAAGACGAAGCUCCGGUGAGAACCUGUACUGGGAGCAUCUCAGUCAGCCAAUCUUCGUUCGUGUCUAGUCUACAUACCACUUUGGCCAUCUCUUCUACCUCCUCUCUCGUCGCACGGCUAUACGGUGAAGUAUUGUAUAAAUGGAUCAGCCGCAGGGUCGCCUCUGCGGCGGUGACUUCCUCCGGGGGAUCAACCCCACGCUCAGACUAGAGAAGAAGGAAGAGAGAUGGAAAGCUCCGUUAGGAGAUGAAAUCGUUCAUUCCGUGGGCUAGAGAUUCGGGAAGAGAGAUCCUACCUUGAGUGUGGCUCCAACCUUGUCGAAAUCCGAGUUGAUGCACCGGAGGAAAUGGUCCGAGGGGUUCCUCAGCGGUGGGCACGGGAACCCGGCGUGGGUGAAGAACUUGACGAUCGGAGAUUCUCGGCUUAGAUCUCUUUACAUGGAAAUCAGAUGAAAGUGAAGAGGAGGUUGUCGGCCUACAUCGUACGCUUCCGAUGCCUGGCCGAAGUAGACGAUUCGCCCUCCUGAGAGCAGGCAGAGGUGGUCGAAGAGGUCGAAGACUUCAUUGCUGGGCUGGUGGACGGAGGCGAUCACUGUUCUUCCAUCUCUGGCGAGGUUUCUCAGCGUCUGGACGACGAAGAAGGCGGAGGCACUGAAAACGGCCGCUGGGCUUAGAGGAAUCGGAGGAAACCCUAUGGACGUGAGAGGGCGUACAGUGGAGCUUCCUCCUACCUGUCGAGACCACUGAUCGGUUCGUCGAGGAAGAGGAGGCGGGGACGCAUUAGGAUCUCGACGGCGAUGCUGACCCGCCUCUUCUCGCCGGUGCUGAUCCCGCGCAGGUACCAGUUGCCGAUCGGCGUGUCGGCGCAGUCCCGGAGGCCCAUCUCGUCGAUGGUUCCAUCGACGAGGCACUUCUUCUCCGACCACGGCAUCUUUUCCGGCAGACGGAGGUGUGCCGUGUAGGAUAUGGUCUCCCUCACUGUCAGAGUGGAGAUCAGGUUGUCCUCCUGA